AUGCUAUCAGAGCAUCUACGCUCUUGGCCUGUGGGCCCACCUAACUGCUUCCGCUGCUACUCUGAGUUCGGCACGCCCCGUGGCGUGCCCCUCGCGCUACUCUUAGCGGCCCCGUUGCCGCCCUUCCAGGCCCCUCGCGGCCCCUUCGCGGCCCCGUUGCCGCCCUUCCAAGCCCCUCGCGGCCCCUUUGCGGCCCCAUCGCCGCCCCUUUCGCGGCCCGUCGCCGCCCUUCCAGGCCCCUCGCGGCCCCUUCGCGGCCCCGUCGCCGCCCCUAUCGGCCCCGUCGACGCCGCCAGUGGCCCCGUCGCCGACCCUAGCGGCCCCGUCGCCGCUCCUAUCGGCCCCGUCGCCGCCGCCAGCGGCCCCGUCGCCGCCGCCAGCGGCCCCGUCGCCGCCGCCAGCGGCCCCGUCGCCGACCCUAGCGGCCCCGUCGUCGCUCCUAUCGGCCCCGUCGCCACAGCCAGCGGCCCCGUCGUCGCCGCUAGCGGCCCCGUCGCCGACCCUAUCGGCCUCGUCGCCGCCAGCGGCCCCGUCGACGACCCUAGCGGCCCCGUCGCCGCCCCUAUCGGCCCCGUCGCCGCCACUUGCGGCCCCGUCGCCGCCCCUAUCGGCCCCGUCGCCGCCUCCAGCGGCCCCGUCGCCGCCACUUGCGGCCCCGGCCCCGCCCCGGCCAUGCUCCGUCGCCAGCCGCGGCGCACCGGGGGCACGUGCACCCCCCCCCCCCCCCCCCCUUUUCCCGUCGCCUCUGCCGCUUAG